CGUGGGCCAACGCUCUGUCAGCACGCGCGCGCGAGGCUCCUCCCUUCACGCUCACGCACGCGCGCACCCGCCGUAGCGCACCGCGUGGAGAGUGCGCAACCACGCGACCACUUGCUGUCAUCCCACCGCCCCUGCUUGACGCAUGGAAAGACGUACACGCACCCCUGAAGCAACAUAUUACGCAAGAUUGAAACAAUAUUCAAUGGAAGUGAGGGAUGGAUGAGGAUAUUUUGACGUAGACGCAGAGCUUAACGCAACAGGUCGAAGUUCGACGCAACAGGCCGAAGUUCGACGCAACAGGCCCAAGCUUGACGCAACGAACUUAAGUUAAAUGGUGUGACAAAUAGUGACACAAAGACAGUGCUAAGCUCAUCUGAUAACUGUCCGUGACACGUGAUGUAUCUAUCGACGACACGUGAUAUAUCUAUCGACGGCAUGUGUUAUAUCUAUCAGUGAAACGUGUAAUAACAAAUUUAUCCAAUGGUAUGUAAGUGUGUCUUUGUGUACUGACCUAUCGGUGACACUGAGUUUCGAAUCACGUCUCUUGUGUGAACUCAAGGCUCGUAGUAUCGUCAGAGGGGAAUUUAGUUCCUUGUAAGUGAAGGUUGGAAUCCAUUCGCUUCACAUACAAUGGUACAUGCAAGAAACAGAUAGACUGGAAAGUGGAGCAAUAUUGAACCUAGGAUAAGGAUGUACACUGGUUUAAAAGUAGUGAACCCAUUAUUAGUAUAGAGUAUGAACCUCUGUUGACUCUCUCCUCUGCCCCAUCAAUCCUACAAUCAUCACCACUACCCCAAGAUAACAACACUCUCAGCCCCCCAUCAGCAAUUCAUCCUCAUUCUCAGCCUUGCCUUCUCCCCUCCUCCAACCACCGUCUCCCCAUAACACCCCUCCCUUCCCUCUUUCUCUCCCUGCUGCAGCACUCGCUCCCCCAACCUCCCCAACCACCCCCCAACACCACCAUUUCCACCCCAGACAAGACAACCCCACCGGCCAGGAAGUAGAAUAAGCGAGUUUAUAUCCAGCCCUGAAAUUACCAUCACGGAACCACUGGAGCCCUGAAGUCGACAGUGUCUCCUGCAGGGAUCAGGGAAGCCCUGAGACAGUGUCUCCUGCAGGGAUCAGGGGAGUCCUGAGACAGUGUCUUCUGCAGGGAUCAGGGGAGCCCUGAGACAGUGUUUCCUGCAGGGAUCAGGGGAGCCUUGAAUUCAACAGUGUCUCCUGCAGAGGUCAGGAGAGCCCUGAAGAUGACAAUGCCUUCUGCAGAAGCUGCGUCAGUAGCACUCACCACACUCUUCCUGCUGCUGCUGCUGCUUCACCCAGGUGCUGGAGUGUGUUACUUCAGCCUGGAGUACCAAGGGACAUACGCCACCCAGAGCAUCAUCAGUGGUGGCUCUGACGUACGCUACCUGGAGGUGGUCAUUCAAGCUGACUCCAUACCCAUCUGGGGCAUCUGUCAUCGACGCCUGGGCAACAAUGUUAUCCUCUAUGAUACCACGGGAGGUACUGACUGCGUUCGAUGUUUUCACCUGGAGUUCCGGUCUCGCCACAUCCUGGAGGUGCACAACGAAGGGCUCCGCAAGUGUUACACGAACGAGGAGGCUGCGCUACAGACCUGCCCGACCCUUGAACACAUCCGCAACAGACAGACGAGGGAGAUCAUGCUCUAUAAGACGGCAACGACGGAGGGCCAGGCGCUAGAGCCAGUCUAUUGCCCUUUAGAUGGACGGUUCCACCUUACUUACAACAUCAACGAUGGCAGGGAGAGUGCCACUGAGUGCCCUGAGCCAUCCUCCACCCUGGCCAACUGCCCCAGGGGCAAUGCCUUCACUAUGGAGUUCCACAGAUGCAAAUUUGGGGAUUUCUCUAAGACGUACGAGUGCCUGGGAGACUGGGAAGGCACUGAUGGACAGAGAUACCUGGCACUGCACGACCCUAAGGUUCUAGCCUCAACUACUGUUGCUGCUGGCACUGACCCUCCACCUCCUCGCUUCAGAUGUGCCAUGUACAAGGUUGAGGAUGGGACAGGUCGAGUCUACCUGUCUCUCUCCUACGACUCUACCUGCAUCAACAAGCUGCACUCUGCCUGGGAGGGAUACGAGACCCUCGUACUCACGCCCACGCCUCCCACACCGCCCGUGUCUGAGGCUGCCUCGGCUGGGUGCAGCUUCCCUGAGUGGGUACAAGGACAAUGGGAGAACCUACGGGUGGAGGGCAACCAAGCCACGUACACCGACCUACACACCUACACGACCCUCCGUGUGUACUGUCUGGACCACGAGAUGGCAGGGCUGGUUCCCGUGUACACUCAGACCCAGUGCGGUGAGGAGUCCUUCACGUGCCUGGCCAUGCAGGAGAGAAGCUCCAAUGUUAUGGAGUUCCAGAUCAGUAAGUCUAUUAAAACUUGUUUACGUUCUUUUGUUUACGCUCUCAUGUUUACAAUCUCGUUCAAGCUUGGAGAUCAAGGUUUCAACUUGAGACAAGGUUUCAUUAGCUUGGAAUCAAGGUUUCAACGCUGGAGACAAGGUUUCAAGCUUGGAGAUCAGGUUCAAGCUGGAGAUCAACGGUUUCAAGUAGGAAAUCAAGGAGUGGACCGGUUCCGUCAGUCACCGUGUCCAGUGGCUGGGGAGUACACAGGAGUGAUCCCUGACGCUCCCUUGCUCUGUGCCAAGCUCUACUCUGACUGCAACAAUCCGGAGAUUAUGUUUUACACCGUGUACUCCUGCACCAACCGCUCAGAGGUCAUAGAAGAGCGUGAGUAUCGGUGUCUUGGACAGUGGAGUGAGACUGGAGUCACUUACACAUACACCGAGCGCAGGGACCAGACCAACUACGAGUGCUUCGCUGGAGUGGUCGUCGACGAGGGUGAGAUCUUCAUCAUGGAGGCCGGGGUCGACUGUCAGCGAGGUCUCCAGGUGCUCUCCAACGGCAUGAAGCUGGUUAAGCAAGCACCGUGUCUGAACGACCCAGUGAUCGCCUCGCGGCCCAGCCUACCCUCACCCACACAGCCCACCUGGUGGAACACCACCCGCAACCCAUGGACCAAGAAGGCUUCCCCAGCCACGCCCAAACCCGGCCUCAAGAACACGGAAAAGGGCGGCGUAUCUAAGAGCAUCCCUCACACCCAUCUCUUCGCUGUGGGUGUAAUGUGGGCUGUGUCAGUGCACCAGUGGUGGGUGUAGAUGUAGCGGUGUGUGUGUGUCUGUAUGUGUGUGUAUGUCUGUGUGUGUGUGUGUGCGUGCCUGUGUGAGUAUGUGUAUGUGAACCUGUGUGUGCGGGCCGCCACAUCCGUCCCAAUGAAAGCGCUUUACAAUGAGGUUGUGGGUUUGGGGUCACACGCACUGCCAGCUUUAUUGUACAGUGUAUAUGUAUGUAUCCACCAAAGUUAUACUCAGUGUGUAUCUACAUAUACACUCAAAUUGCACCAAAAAUUAAUCUAUGACUAUUUAUAAGGAAUAUUUUGUAUAUAUAAUAACAAUAUUUAGGAUCGCUCGGUCCCUACCUUCACCUGAGUAAUAUAACCAGGGACCUAAGUUCCUACCCAGGUAUAUAAAUAAAUACACACACACACA